AUGCCUGAAGAUUACAAUGAUGUACUAUGUCCUAGUCCGUUGUCGGAUAAUGACUUCAAAGAUCUUUUCAAUGAGGUGCCUACGUCACUGGACAGAUCUGCUGAAACUCUUGAAAAUAUUCAACAAGGUAUUAACGCAGAUGAUAAUGGAAUCGAAGAUAGUUACAUGAAUGAACAAAUAGCGCAUAAUAAGCUAAUACAAACAUGUGAAUUGAGUACACAAUGUGCGUGUUCACCACUGAUACAUUCAAGCCGUGAGAAAGUUCUCAAUAAAAACAACAAAUUAUAUGAUGAUUUAUCACUGUAUAAUAUACAGUUGUCAACAUCUGUUGGUGUUAUUAACUCCUUACCAAAGCAGUUACAACUUGUAUAUCCAUUAGAAGAAACAUUUCGACCACGUUAUAAAAGUGAUUAUUUUCCUCAAAAUGGUCGUGUUAGAAAACCACGCUAUGUUUCAGACAGUAUCGGAAAUCAUUUUAUAUCAUUAAAAAUACCCGCGGAUUAUAUAAACUAUCUUACAAAUACAUAUAUUCGUGUAGCAUGGUUAACUGGACUCGUCAAUGAUAUAUACUAUUAUAGUCCAUACAAAUUUCAAAGAGAUAAUUACAGUUCAGAAAUUCCCGAUGAAAAUCCCAUUUACGUACCGGUUAGCAACAAUGCACUCAACGAUAAUGUGAUGAAUAAAGAAUAUUCGAAUAAUGAGUAUUAUAUACGAAUACACGAAUACACGUCAGAAAAGAAAGAGAAAAGAGCUGAAAUAUUAUAUUUGGUUCUGAUCAGAUCUAAGCUUGAUCAGUUGAAACAAGCACAACCCUUAAAACCAUUUAUUCCAUCAGAAACUCAAAUACCUGGACAUGUUUGGGAUUUAAAUGUGGCUACAAAGCGAUUAAAUCCUAAAGAUCUAAUUGAAAAAUAUAAAUUAGAUAAAUCGCAUUUGGCAUUUACACUAUGCACAAAACGAAAUGAUAAUACCUAUAUUCCACAUCUCGAAACAACAGUUAUUUCAGACACAAUGACCGAAGAACCAUCAUUAAAGCCGACACAUUCUACUGAGGAAGAAUAUUUGCCAACUAAACAAAUCCAACAGAUUGCGUGUCCAAAUUGUGAACAUUGUUUUGCUAUAGAAAAAGUAAUACCAUCUGCACCAUAUCAAAGCAAAACUAAAAUUUCAUCUAGCAAACGUAAAAAAGAUGAUGGAUUGCCAUCGAUCAAAAAGCGUUCAAAUAAAAGAGAUUUUAAAACUCUAAACUUGCCAAUUAUUAAAAAUUCUAAACCUGACAUAACAACAUCAAUUCCAUUAUCUCAAUCGGUUGGAAUUAUGCCAGUAUCGCCAUAUCAACUACAAAUUCUCUUUCCAUUAGAAGAAAUGUAUCGACCACGAUAUAAAAGUGAUUAUUUUCCGGAAAGUGGUAACGUUAGAAAACCACGCUAUGUUUCAGACAGUGUCGGAAAUCAUUUUAUUUCGUUAAAAAUUCCUACGGUUUAUUUUUCAAAUCCUCAUAAAAAAUAUAUUCGAAUAGAUUGGGUUACGGUACCACGCAAUGGUCAAAGGUAUUACAUGCCAUAUCAAUUUCAAACAGAAAAUGAUAAGUAUGAUGUUCCAGAUGAAAAUCCAACGCAUAUAGAGAUCAAUGGAGACAAUAUGAAGCAUUAUAUAAUGAAAUUAUACUUGGUAUUAAUAAAAUCCAAACAAAAUGCAUUGAAAAAUACGCAGCGAUUGAAACCGUUUGAUACAAUAAUAAAUGAAACAGAAACACACAGUUUGACACAAUUGACCAAUCCAAAAGCAUUAAUAAAUCAAUUUCAGUUAAUAAAAUCUCAAUUAGCAUUUACUUUAUGCACAAAAAAUGAGGACAAUACAAUGAGACCAUAUUGGCAAUCUACUGUAUUCUCCAAUGUUAUGACUGAAGGUACACCCGAUUCAGACCAAAAACAGACGCAAAAACAUAUAGGUAGGUUGCACUGA